AUGGAAAAAGAUAUCACCGAGUUAAAGAAUUGUCCAAGCAUCGAGAGAGUUCAUGAGAUAUUGGUAGCUAAUGUGGAAACUCCUUCUUUCCCGUACAUUACUGCAUUGCUUGAAUUUACCAUUCCCCAGCUAUUUGAUUCAAUUCGAGACUCCAAAAUCUUGAUUCAAACAUUUCAAACAUUGAUUGGGUUAGGAAAUCUUUUGAAUAGAAUCUCUACAAGACAAGAACAAUCGGAAUUAUAUAUAAGUAUCUUAGAACGUGUAUUUGAUGAAGGUUUGGCACUAAAUUUGGUUAAAGGCAACCCCAGUCCUGUUGAAAUAAGGGAAAUCAAUAAGCUUGUUUUCAAAGGCAAGGCAUUGGCGGUGGUCAAUGAAGCAACAACUCUAUCGAGUGUUGAAAUUACAAGUGAAUGCUUUAAGAGUACUGGUGGCUAUGUCGAGUAUUUAUCCAACUCAUUGCUAAAACUCUAUCUGUCCAACACCAGAAGUGACAUAAUUGAAGAGUUUUUACAUUCGACUCUUAAAUUUGGAGAUGCGUCGGUGAUUAAAUUUUAUGAAAUAUUUUUCAGAGAAUCCAGCUGGGACUACUUUGUCCAAUCUUUUCAGUCCAUGAAAAAGUUUCAAAAGAAAGACUACCUAAAAGGUUUAUUUAAUAAUUAUAUUGUACGCAUUGCCCCAAAUUCAAACUUAAAUGCCUUGUUUAAUUUGUUGAGUUUUACAUCUGACGUAUUUGAUGAAAUGGUGAUAGAAUCCAUUAUCCAAACUGCCAAUAAAAGUCUAACCCAGGUCGUUGCCAUGAUUCUCACCAAGAGUGACGAUUACGAUUUUUUGGUAAAUAAAUUGAUUACAAAAUGGACUAACAGCACAGUUAUAAAAAAUGAACCCAUUUCCAUUCAAGAAUCAAGAACAUUUAUGAUCAUGCAGCUAAUAUCGCGACGAAAAGGUUCAGCAUUAACCAAAGACUUGCUCACAAACAAACAAUUUUUGAAUGCCAUUAAUAACAGACUACUGUCAUUUUCAAAUAACAUCAAGGCAUUGGGUGUGGUUUUAGUCGACUACGUUUGUGAACUCAAUGGGGAAAAAAAGAUAUUCUCAUUGGCUCCAGAAGUAGAUACAUAUUCUUUGUUGAUGGUACCAAAUGUGGAUAUCACAGAAUUACCAGCCCACGAUUGUUGGGAGGCAUUAAAGCUUAAGGAAACAACAUCCCCAAUCAAGAUUGAAAGCAAGCAGGAUGUUAGUCAGGACUUAGACGACGACGACGACGACGACAGCUUACCACCGCAAACCGAUGUUGCUGAUCCAAUAUAUGUCAAGCAAUUGAUAGAGUACUUCAGUGUCGAUACCAGCAAUCAAAAUGCAUACGAAAUGCGUAGAAAGGCAUUACUCAAAGGACCCACCUUGCUCCACCAGAAAUAUCGCUAUGGCACAGAAGUUCAUUUCUAUCUGGAAGAAUUGCUAGCUUUGUUGAUCGGGCUAGACAACCAUUUUGAUGAUAAAGAUUUUAACGAGUUGAAGCUUAAUAACAUGGUUGCUGUAAUUGUUACUAAUCCUAGCAUUACCACGUUUAUGUUUAAUUUGUUAUUGACUGGAGACUAUUCGUUACAGCAGAGAGUGUUAAUCUUAUCUGCAACAUUAAUGGCAGCUCGACAGUUGAGAGGAUUCAGUCCAACAAAUUUCCCGUCGCAGACGCUACCGGAACCUCUACAUCGAAAAUACCUUGAGUUGGAGGGCGGUUCCAAAUACAUUGAUUUUAUUGAAAAUGAAGUGCAGAAAGAAUUGUUAGCCGACGCAUCAGCUGAAGCUCAAGACCAAUUGUUGGGGUCUGGCAAGGUAGUUAGGGUAUCGUCAAGAUUAAAGCGACCAGCGAAAUCAACUGAGACUCCAACUGCAGGUUUUUAUACUAUUAUUGGCAAGCUAUUCUAUUUCCCGUUGCUUAAUGUAUGGUACGAAGCAGGCACCAUAGAUAUCGGGCACUACUCGCCAGUUUAUAUUGGCCAUUAUAUCAAGACUUUGGCGUUGUUGAUACACUGUGCGUACCCUCUGUCAAUCCAACUAAAUGAUAUGGUUAAGGAGUUUUUAAUUUUGAGUUGCAAUAUUCUUCGGAAGAUCUCGUUGGAAGCGACACCUGUGGUCGAGAGUAUAGUUACUGGUGUCUUGAUAGUGUGUGAAGUAUCCAACCCCGAGUUUUUGGUAACUAAUCACAAUGACGAAAUAGUCUUCAUUCAAAACUGGCUAUCGGUGUCGUGGGAGUUGUUGGUUGAUGAUAAACUAAAGAGUGUUGCUGCUGGCUUGUUGCUAAGAUUACAAAAACUAGAGUCUAGUUUAGAGAGAACUAUAAUGGAUCAAUCUAAUAGUAUUAUUACUUAA